CACGAUCGAUAUGUCAAUGACAUCCAAGUGAUCGACAGAUUGUGUCACAAGAAUAUCACACAAUUCUUCAUUGGAUACAACUUUGUGUUAGCCCUCACUCAACACAACUGUCUCUAUGGUUGGGGUACUAAUAAUAAGGGACAGUUAGGUAUCGCAAACAGGAGUGAGGUUGACUACGUUGAACCGGUAGCUUUUGAUCUCAAAUACAUUGAUAAUAAGGUUAUUUACCAAAUAAGUUGUGAAUAUUAUCAUACAUUGAUCCUCACGAGUGAUGGCUGUGUCUAUGGAUGGGGUUAUAAUAGGUACGGGCAGUUAGGUUAUGGACCAGACAGGGAUAUACAAAACGGAACCAUUUUUCGAGUGAAUUUCAAUCCAAAUCACGAAAUUAAAAGCAUUUAUUGUUGUCAUUACUCUUCAUUUGCCAUCACAUCGGAGGGACAGGUGUUUAGUUGGGGUCGAAAUAGUUGGUAUAAUUUGGGACACAAUUCAUGUCAAGAUAUUUGGGAACCACAACUCAUUGCAGACAUGACGGGUAUUAAGACUAUCUGUUCCGGAGUUGUUUCCGAAGUGAGUCAAUACGAGCUUAUGUGCGAAGAGUUGCAUUCAUUAGGUUCGGGAGCUUUUGGGGAAGUGAUGACAAUUUACAGGAAUAGACCUCAAACCCGACAAUAUAUUAGUGGCGAAGACUGUAAGGAACGGCAGUGGCUGACUUUGGGUUGGCGACAUUGCAUUUCAGUUCUUCUGGAAGUCAUACCACAGGAGUGGGAACUCGACAAUACAUGGCACCGGAAGUCAAACUGCAAACCAAAUAUACACCGAAAGCAGAUAUUUAUAGCCUGGCAUUCCCCGAUUGAGUUGAUUAUUUACUCAGGAAAUGAAAUAUACGACAAAUUCAUUAAAUUGGAUCAAAUCAUUGACUCGAUGUGUGUUCCCAUUCAUAGCACUCGACCCGAGUGUUCACAAUAUUUUAAAGCUAAAUACGAAGAGCUGGUUAAACAUCAAAAGGCCCACAAC